AUGGCGAUCGCAUCUACGCUCAUGGCCCUCCAAGGUCAAGUAAUUCAGCAUCCAUGGCACUCCCUUAGUAUCACAGCACUUGUGUUACCGAUUCUCUACGUGAUUCUAAAUGAGUUUAUUCGAGCUUCGGCCCGCGUCAAGGGCUUGAAAGGUCCUCGAGGUUUGCCUUUAAUCGGAAACCUGGUCCAAAUUCGAGUAAAUGCCGCAGAGCAGUAUCGAAUAUGGUCUAGAAAGUUUGGAGCCGUGUACCAAAUCCAGCUUGGUAAUAUUCCGGUUGUCGUCGUGAAUUCUGCUGCAUCCGCUAAGGUGCUCUUCGGACAAAAUGCCCAAGCACUGAGUUCGCGACCGGAAUUUUAUACAUUUCACAAAAUUGUUUCGAAUACCGCAGGUACCACCAUCGGUACAUCACCUUAUAGUGACUCCCUCAAACGUCGUCGCAAGGGAGCUGCCUCUGCCCUCAACCGUCCCUCGGUAGACUCCUAUGUCUCCCAUCUCGAAGUGGAGUCGAAGGCAUUUGUGGAGGAGUUGUUCCGAUACGGUAAAGGUGGCAAAGCCCCUGUCGACCCGAUGCCGAUGAUCCAGCGUCUGAGUUUGAGUUUGGCUUUGACACUGAACUGGGGCGUUCGCAUUGCAUCACAAGAGGAAGAUAUGUUUGAUGAGAUCACUCAUGUGGAAGAAGAGAUUAGCAAGUUCCGCAGCACGACUGGCAACCUCCAGGACUAUAUCCCUCUGCUACGGUUAAACCCAUUCAACAACACAUCAAAGAAGGCAGCAGAGAUGCGACUUCGUCGGGAUAAAUACUUGGGCUCCUUGAAUCGAGACUUAGAUGAUCGCAUGGAGAAAGGGACCCACACGCCAUGCAUCCAAGCCAAUGUGAUCUUGGACAAGGAAGCUAAGUUGAACAGUGAAGAACUUACCUCGAUCAGUCUGACUAUGCUGUCGGGUGGACUUGACACGGUUACCACACUCGUUGCAUGGAGCAUUGGCCUUCUCUCAGCGCUUCCAGAUGUGCAGGAUAAGGCUGCCAAGGCAAUUCAGGAAAUGUAUGGUCAAGAUGAGCCCAUGUGUUCAGCCGACGAUGAUCAGAAGUGUACAUAUGUCGCUGCGCUGGUCCGGGAAUGUCUCCGAUAUUUCACUGUCCUACGACUGGCUCUGCCUCGAACAUCCAUCCGGGAUAUCACCUAUCAGGGGACAGUGAUCCCCAAGGGUACCGUGUUUUUCUUGAAUGCUUGGGCCUGUAAUAUGGAUCCGGAUGUGUGGACAGACCCGGAAGAGUUCCGACCGGAGCGCUGGUUAGAGCAACCUGAUGCUCCACUUUUCACCUAUGGCAUGGGCUACCGGAUGUGUGCUGGUUCAUUGCUAGCCAACCGAGAGCUUUAUCUGGUCUUCAUGCGGACUCUGAAUAGCUUCCGCAUUGAACCCCACGACACCACAGACUGGCAUCCGGUCCGUGGCAAUUCGGAUCCAGCUAGCUUGGUGGCCAUCCCGCAACGGUACAAGGUGCGUUUCGUGCCCAAGAAUGAAACGGCAUUGAAAAGCGUAUUGGCGCAAUCAUGA